AGGAAAACGAAGAUGUCGCUGACGAUCGCUAGCCACAAUUCGACGCAAUUUUCUUCUGGCAAAGCUGGCUCGAAGCUGUUGAAGCAGAAGGCGGCCGAGUUCUUGCAAUGCACGCGUUCAACUACUGCCCUGCUGGAGCUGAUAGCAUUCCAAAAGGAAUGCAUUGCACGCAACGCUCCGCUAACGCCAUGCCUUCUGACGAUGGAGCAUUUGUUCACGGAGCUGCUUCGCCGGAACGACAUGCGCCCGACGGCCACCGCUGCUGAACGUCCUGCAGGAGUGCCUUUAGAGAACGCUAGCUCGUCGCAAGCGAACCAUAAACAGUGGUUGUUGGCGCAGUAUCGGGAAACUUUCGGUUUGAUCGUCGCAGGUUUAAACCACGAUAAGCAAGCAGAAGCAUGCCAAGCGCUAACGACGGCAAUGAAGCUUCUCAUCGCCGAAGCGCACAAUGCUCCGGAAGUGACGAGUUCCGGCGAGCUGCAGUUCCCGGUCGGCCGACUAAAGCAAAUCCUAAUCACUAUGCUCUCGGUCGAGCGACUAAACACGCACCUGUUCAACCGGUUCCAGGAGUAUUCCUACUAUCUGGAUGUGAUUUACUUCUGCUGGAAGUUAAUGCCUUCCCUAGUGCCCCGAGAUUGUGUGCCGAACGAUGUGUUCAUGCAGAAUCUUCUCUUCCUGAUCGGUGCGGUCUCGUUCGGCAAGGAUGCACUGAAGGAAGCGAACAACGUGCUAUGCGUCCCACUAAAUGGAUCGUUUGAUUACGUGCUCGUGCGCCGUCAGAUAAACAAGACUUGGAGUUUCGUGAUAAACUGGCCGCACGGCGAAGCGGCCCACCAGCAGUUACUGCUGGUACUGCUGGAGAAGGUGCUACCGCAUCUCGACAAGCCGGUACUGCUGACUGACUUUCUCAUGGAUUCCCUGGACGUGGGAGGCGCGAUUAGUAUGCUGGCACUCCAGGGCAUUUUCGUGCUGAUUCAGCAGUACAAUCUCACCUACCCGAACAUCUACGAGAAGCUCUACUCGAUGUUUGAACCGGAAAUUUUCCACACAAAGUUCAAAGCGCGCCUCUUCUAUCUGGCAGACAUCUUUCUCAGCUCUAGUCAUCUGCCCGAAGGUUUGGUGGCCGCAUUCGUCAAGCGGCUAGCGCGUCUGGCUCUCAUCGCGCCACCGCAGGACGUGGUGAUCAUCAUGCGCUUUAUAGGAAACCUCAUCAUGCGCCAUCCGGCCCUGAAGCGUUUGAUUUUCCAUCCCACCGGAGGGGAGGCUUCCAGUGAUCCGUUCGUGACGGAAGAGCGUGACCCGAUGAAGUCGAAAGCCCUGGAAAGUUCGCUGUGGGAGGUGGCCGCCUUGCAGAACCAUGUACUACCUUCAGUGGCCGUAGCAGCUCGCUUUAUCUCGAACCCUUUUCCGAGCGUCGAGUGGGACCUAUCGUCGGUGCUGGAGAUCAACGAGAAUGAUAUUUUUGAUAAAGAAAUAGCAAGAAAAACUAAGCAGUACGCCUUGAGUAUUGACCGUCCGGCGGGCAUGUUCGGGUCCUGCGGAGGAGAACUUUCGUCGCAGUACUGGAAGUUGUUUUAACCAGAUGGACUCCGUGAUUCGUGAUGUCAUUCAACCUUUUAUUGUGGUAAGGAAAGUGGUAUGGUUCUCCUUCUAGGUGGGUGCGCAACGAAGCGCAAACGUUCCGUGCUUGCGCGUACAGUUCUUCAGACUCUGUUUGAGUUGGUAUUACGCCAUAAACUAUCUGGUUUGCGUCGUUAAUAUACCGGAUUACGUAGGACACACACUAUAGCGCACUUAGGUAGACUUUCUCAUUGCAUAAACGAGCUAAACCACGGCGGUUCGAAUACAAAGUGGUACUGGCAUCUCGUGGUAGCAGCGGUUCUCAAUUCUAGGUGGCCAAAUGUAGGGUUACAAAGAACAGUGGUAAAGGCAGCCUGAUGCUCUGUGCACUAUUUAUUUGCGAUGGUCUUAGAAGUUGUUUCAUCCCGAUACAAUACACUACAAUAGCAUGUAUAUGUACACUAUAUAUACACAUACUAUAUAUUCCUUUCUAUUAGAUUCUCAUCUAACAACAAAAGUUGGGCCGACAACAGAUAGAGCACAACCCUUCCGUGCGCCUUUUUUUACAGUGAAGUCUAAUCAGCGGUACUAACCAAUUGCGCCGAACAUGCAAAAGAGCGAUCGUUGAACAUAUUUGUCCUUCGUAUGGUCCAUGGUGAUAUAAUUGGCGUAAAAUUUAAUUCGCGUAUUGAUACGACAGUUAACCAAGCUUCCGAAUGGAGAAUGUUCCUAACAAUCUCGUGACCAACCAAGGCUUCGAUGACAAACUGUAGUUAUUUUGUUUUACCUUAUUUUGUAUGUCGUUGUUUUAACAAAGAACACAUCCCACAGAAUCAGAAAGCAUUUUAUAAACCAUUAGAAGGAACCGUGGUUUUUAGUUAGUUUGUUGUAAGGUAAUUUUGUGUCUCGCACGACACAAAAGGGUUGUGUCCUAUUAUUUUCCUGAACUUGAUUAACGAUUCUUGAGACGCGUUUAAGGGUAGAGUACAAUUAAGUAGGAAACACACAUUAACAUCAUACAGCAAAUGAAUCGGAUCGAGUUCAAUAGUCGUAAUCGGCAUUUCAUACGGAGGUAAGGAUAAGAAAUGUGAUUGAUCGAUCGCAUGCGUUGUGCUCGGAAGGAUGACAGUACGUUGUAAUUUGGGUAUCUGUGCAGCAAACAACCACAGAUGAAGUUGGAAGCUAAGCUGGAGGAUGCGACGGGCACACGAUGGGAACUUGGGCAUGCAAAUAACUGCAAAGACGGAAAUACAAAUAACUAGUUAAACGCACUUUAGCACAAGGUUGCUGCGUUUAGUAGCAUUAUCUUUGUUGCCUCUGGUGAUAAGGUUCCCUUUUUGUGUCCCCUGCAUUCCCAUCAGAUUGCGUUGAAUCCAUCGGGACUCCAUUGUCCUUGCGACCCUCUAAUACAGCGCCAAUGAAUCUUCGUGAUUUAUUUGUCCUAAAAUUAUGACGAGAAAAAUAGCGGUACAUGAAAUAGGCGAGUCAUUGAAA